AUGUCUAACUUCUCACGUGAGGCGACAAAAAUUUUGCGGGCAGCGGAGGACGCACUUUCCGGUAGACGGCCGGCGGCGCAGCAGGAGGUGUGGGAGCGCUGCGACGACGUCAAGGGCGCGGCGCCCGGCGCUCCGCCGGUGCUGGAGCUGCAGCGCCAGCUCCGCGUGGCGGUGGCGGAGAUCGGGGACCUCCGCAGCGAGCUGUUGGCGGAGCGGGAGUCCCGCUCGCAGACGAUCGCCGCGUUGGGGCGGCGUUGGAAGGAGGAGAUGCUGGUGGAGCUGCGCGCCGCGGGGUACCAGUCGCGCCGCGCACUCGCGGAGCUCGAGGCGAACGUGCAGCAGCAGCGCAAGGAGGAGGCGACGGCGCGGGCGGUGAUGCAGCGGCAGCUGGACGAGGCCCUCCGCUGCGCCAAGGUGCGGGACCGCUCGCAGUUCGAGCAGCAGGAGCGUCUACAAGAGCAGCUGGACGGCCUUCGCGAGCGGCUGGAGGCGGCCGUGGCGGAGUGCGGUUUGCUGCGUGUGGAGUCGGCGCAGCAGCUCGAGAAGGAGCGCGCCGCCCUCGCCCAGCGGCUGGACGUGGAGCUGCUGCGGUACCUCGACAUGCGCCGCGACGACCAGCGGGAGCGUGAGGCGUUGAAGCAGCAGCUGAGGGCGGACGUCGCCGCGGCAGGCGGCCAGGUGAAGGAGCUAGUCGACGCGGCCUGGCGAACCCACGCGACGGCGCUUGAGCGCACCCUGCGCGAGCCGCUGGACGGCUUCGCGCGGCAAAUUGCACGUCACGAGGAGCUCGUCGCCGGCGUGGACGCCAAGGUGCACGACUGCACCACCGCAUGCCACGCGGAGGUGCGACUGCAGACGGUCACGCUGAAGGAGCGCCUGGGGGCUUUGGAAUCCAGCAGCGCCGUCACCGCCUCCCGCAUGGACCGCGCGGAGCGCAAGGCGGACGCUGCGCAAGAGGCCGUGAGUCGCGUGGACGCCAACGUCGGUGUUGCGCGCGACACGGCGGAGCGGGCGCAGGCGCAGGCGCAGCGGGCGGCGGAGCGGGCGCAGCGCAUGGAAGACACCGUGCAGGACCGUGAUGCGCGGUUGACGCAGAUUGAAAGCCAACUUGGCGCUGCCGCGACGGCGGAAAAACUACGGGCCGAAAUCGAGGGCGUUCGCCGCGCCGCACUACGCGCCGAGAGCGGCGUUGAUGCGUUGCGGCAGGUGUGCGAGCGCGACGAGCAGCUGGCGGAGCACACCCGCCGUGUGGUUGAGGGCUACACGGACCGAAUAGAGGGGUGUGAGCAGCUGGUGCACCGGCUUCGUGCCGCGGUGGAGACGGUGGAGGGACGCGUGCCGCAGCUGCAGCAGCGCACCGCCGCGCUAGAGGAGACACGCGAGGGCCUCGUCGCCUCCGCCGCCCGCCUUGACGAUGUGGUGGCGCAGGUUGGUCAGCGUGUGCAGAGCGUGGAGGCGGCGGCGAGGGGCGUUGGCGAGCGCCUCGAGCAGUCACGGCGUGACGCCCUCGCCGGACUGCAGUCCGUCACCGCGCGGCUGGAGCACGCCAAUGACAUGGCACUGCGUAGCGAGACGAGCAGCGCGGCGGCGCGCGCGGAGGUGGACCGCAUGGACCGUCGCAUCCGUGAGAUUGAGUCACAGGCGGGGCGCUUCUCAGCCGACGCCACGGAGCUUCGCGCGGCCGCCGAGGACCACGCGAAGGGCGUCGCCACGCUGCUGAGCCGCCUUCAGCAGACACGCGAGUGGCAGGAGCAGCGUGAGGCCCGCGUGGAUGCCGCCAUGGAGACGGCCGAGGCGCAGCUCACCACGAUCACGGAGCAGAUGUCUAGCCGGCUGGAGACGAAGCUGCAGCGGGAGCUGCGGCGGCUGCAAUCCGCCUUGGAGGAGCGUGCGUCGGCGUUGGAGGUGCUGCUGGAGGCGAAGGUGGCCCCGCUGGAGGAGGAGGUGGCGAAGCUGCACACCUCGCGCGAGGGCGAAGAUGCCGCGCAGGCGCUCUCGCGGGAAGUGCGGGCGUGCAGGUCGAGGCUUGAGUCGCUCGAGGCCGCCCUCGCCGCGGUGCGCGACGCCGCCGAGCGGGAGCACAGGGAGUACGCGCCGCUUCGCGACUGCAACGCCCUGCGCAAGACGGUGGCGCUGCUCGAGUCGCAGCUGCACGACACGCGCGACGAGGCCGCGGCGCAGCAGCAGGCGUGCGAGGACAGUCAGGCGAAGCUGCGCCUGCUGGAGGGGGAGCAGCGGCGGCUGCGGCAGGCGCUGCUGGAGGUGCAGGUCUCGCUGCGCGACUGCCGCGAGGAGGCGCAGGCGGCCCACCGCACCCUCGCCACCGCGUCCUCCCCGCCAGCGGCGAAGGCCGGCGCGGCCGCUGCAGAGGACGUGUGCCGGCUGAGGGAGAUGCCGACGCCGUCGGUCGAGAUUCGAGAGGUGCGCUCCUCCGACCAGCGCGGCAAGGCGGCGCCGGCGUCCGGCAGCGGGACAACAGCCACGACACCCCGCACGCACCCACAAACCUCCAGCACCGACGUGGUGGCCCGCGGCAAUCGCAAUGACUCCCCCGAGGCGCAGCCGCCACCACCGUCGCUGGAGCAGCAGGAGGACUCGCGGAGAAUCAGCUCGAGUGCGGCCACUGCGAAGACGACGACGACGACGACGACGACGACAACGACGGGGUCGCGCCGAUUGAAAACUUCCGUUGGCGAGGCGGCCGGCCGGCGGCAGGAGAUGGCGUGGUCCGAGGCGGCGAGCGGCAACUCGGCUGACGCGGCAACCCCGCCGGAGCGUGCGCGUGCGGUGGCCGCGGCGCCUGCCCCCGCUGCCGCCCCUCCAGCCACAACGCCCCUCCGCGGCAGCGGCGGCGACCAACGCGCGGAUGCGGGAGAUCUGCCUGCCGGCGCGGUGGCGCAGGCGGCAUUGAUGCAGCCGCCCCACGAGUCGUCCAGCAGCGGCGGCUCAUGGGAGGAGCGGGCGCGUCAGGCCCGUGGGGGUCCGUCGCGGCCGCGGGCGGCGGGCGUCGACAGCGCGAGUGAAGCGGAGAAGAGUCUUGUGGCGCCUUUUACCGCGCCCGUCGAGAAGCGCGCGAGUGCGGCCUCGGUGGCCCCCGUGAGGGCCACGGCAGAGGAAACUCAUCCAGCGAAGCCGACGACCGCGUGGUACGACGACUGGGAUGACAGCACCGAGAGCGAGCAGGUGCCGUCGGCGAAGAACGAGCAGCAGGGCGAGGCGGCGUCGGGGGCUGCUCCCGUCACCGGCGCCCAGCCCUCCUCGCUUGCCAAAAGAAUUUACUUCACGCCGCGCAAAACUUUCGUGACGUCCAGCAAAAAUUCACCAGAGACGGAGGAGGAGGCGACCUCCGUGCCACGCCACGGCGUCGCGACGUCCAACUCGUCGUCCUCCGUCGAACUCAAGAAAAAGGCGGCGACGCCGGCCUCUGCGCCAAAGCGCUUCACGAGCUUUGACGACACCACUUCCGAGGACGAGGAAGAUGAGGAGGAGGAGCGGGCAUGA